UUCAAUUCGAAAAACUAUUCAAAAUCUCUCGCAACUUUGCUCCACAAUUGAAAUAAAUUGAGACAAAAUUCAUCCAACAUAAACUUACUUUGUGCUGGCAGUAAGAUGUCUUCUUCCACCACCUCCACCUCCACAUCCACCUCCGCCUGCCCCUCCGCCUCCACCGACAUUGUUGGCUAUCGUGAAAAUGUGAAUCGUUGCAUUUCCGAUGGCCUUGUUAAGGCAGCCGGUGGCAUGGCCAUUGGUGCCAGCGUCUCCCUGCUGUUCCUGCGGCGUCGUCGCUGGCCGAUCUGGAUUGGGGCAGGAUAUGGCAUUGGACUGGCCUAUCGUAACUGCUUGAAGGACCUGAAGGAAGUGAAGUUGAAGUUGAAGUGAAGCAGCAGCAGUCCCGCCACCAGACUGCAAUGCUCUCUGCUCCGCCAAUUCCAUAGUCCACCUCGGCAAAGCCUUGCAGGAGGCUUGCGGCGUUGGCUGUGGUUGCAGGUCGAGAAGGGGGUGCCGUCACACGGCUAAAGCUGCUUCAAAUAAAGCCAACAAAUU